AUCAUGAUUCCUGGUGAUCAAGUUGAUUCAUUCGAUCCAUUGGUUAUCCACCCGAACAAUUCGCUUCUUGUUUCAAAUACUCUCAAUGGAAGGCACUGGAAACACUGUUACUCCUGUCAUYACCUGGGGGUCCUAAUUAACGUUUAUCGAUAGUUUGUCUUAAAAUAGGAAAAUGGCGAGCAUGACGAUUUUGAGAAGAAUAGCAACGGCGAAAUGGAUGGAUUCAAGAUCAGUGAUGGUCUCGAUUGCUAGUCCACUGUUAUUCCCGCCCAUGCUGUUGAUACUGCUGCUCUUAUCGAUYCUUUUCGYUGCCGAUACCGUAAAAGCAUUUUCUGCUACAAGCACUACGCAUACAAACUUUCACUCAGUCCGAAACGCAAAUGCAAAUCCACAUUGGUGCGCACAGACGAAGGGCACUUUGGUGUGCAUGCCUCUUGCAUCCACUUCCUCCUCGCUUGCCGCAUYUUCUUCUUUAGAAGAUCCCGAAGAAGGAGACGAGCCCACCCUAAUGGUUCCAAAAGAAGCCUUCACGUCCGAAGCUGAGAUUGCYGAGCGGGCCAACGAAAUGCUUUCAGGAAGCAAUGACAACGUCGACUUGCGCAGCGAGCUGGAAAAUUCAUUUCUGCAGUAUGCYCUUUCAAUCAUUUUGGGGCGGGCGCUUCCGGAUGCCCGGGACGGACUGAAGCCCGUCCACCGGCGCAUCCUGUUCGCCAUGCAGCAGCUCAAGCUCAAUCCCAAAGGCUCUCACCGUAAAUGCGCCCGCGUAGUCGGAGAAGUCCUGGGGAAAUAUCACCCGCACGGUGACAUGAGYGUCUACGACGCGCUUGUACGAAUGGCCCAGGACUUUUCCACMUCCUACCGGCUCAUCGACGGACACGGAAACUUUGGUUCCGUUGAUGCCGAUCCCGCGGCGGCCAUGCGUUAUACCGAGUGCCGUCUCACGUCGCUGGCAACAGAGGGGCUAUUAGAGGAACUUGAUCUAGAUACUGUGGAUUUUGCGGCAAAUUUCGACGGAAAUGAAGAAGAGCCAACCGUCCUUCCAUCCAAGCUCCCGCUUCUCUUGCUCAACGGGAGCUCUGGGAUCGCCGUUGGGAUGGCAACGAACAUUCCUCCUCACAACCUGCGGGAGAUUGUGGCGGCCUGCAAGGCACUGAUCGAAACCGAACGAAUGUCUACCGAGACCCAAACGAAAAGCAAGAAGGUCAAAAAGGGAAUCCUUUCGGACGACGAACUCUUCGAACUUGUUCCGGGGCCGGAUUUUCCAACGGGGGCGACGAUUCUAGGUACUUCCGAUGCAAAAAAAUUGCACACCACUGGCAACGGUCGGGUCCUGGUCCGAGCCAUCACACAUCUUGAACAAAUAAAAGGAAGCGGAAAGAAGAGCCGCAACGCCAUUAUCGUUACUGAGCUGCCCUACCAGGUCAACAAGGCGGCCCUACUGGAACAGAUAGCUAACCUUGUCAACGACAAAAAGCUUGAAGGCAUUAGUGAUCUGAGGGACGAAUCAGACCGGGAUGGCAUACGCAUCGUCCUUGAACUCAAACAACGCGAUGCAAACCCGAAGAUCGUACUAGCAAAUCUUUACAAGAAGACAAAAUUGCAGACAUCAUUUUCGGGAAACUUCUUGGCUCUCAUGAAGCCAGACUCUGUUUCGACAUCCGUAGAAAGCACAACGAAAGGAAGCAGUGCAAAGGCAUCUUCCUUUGCUCUGACACCCCAGAGRUUUACCCUUCGAGAUGCUCUAGACUACUUUUUGGAUUUUCGAUUUGAAACAAUACGGAGAAAAACGAGUUWUCAGUUGGGGAAGGUCCAAGCACGAACACACAUCGUCGAUGGGCUUUUGCUCGCGCUGGACCGCAUCGAUGACGUCAUCGAAUUGAUAAGGACCAUGCCGGAUCAAGCAGCCUGUCGUGCAGCACUGAUGAAAAUUGACGAAUCAGCUUCCAGUGGCAAGAACAAAAACAGUGAGCUUGCCCUUGGUCUGUCCCGUAUCCAGGCCGACUCUGUGCUAAAAUUGCAAUUGGGACAAAUGACGAGACUGAGCCACGAUAAGCUCAGCGAAGAACGCGACGAGCUGGAAUCUCGCCGAAAGGGCUUCCAAAGGAUUUUGGACGAAGACAAUGCGGUGUAUGAACUCAUGAUAGAAGAAAUGGCCGACCUGGAUCGCAAAUAUGGAGUUGAACGACAAUCAAAAAUCAUCUACGAUGAGGAUGGCGAGGUCCAAGAAUUGGAUAUGGUGAAAAAUUCGAGAUCGGGUAAGUUACAGCGUGCUCUUUGCCAUUUGUAACGCGUUGCUUGUGUGACUUCCUGCGGGGCAUAUCUUUCCUUCGUUUUGAAACAACAUACUGACGAUAAUGAUAUCCGGAUUCAUAGUUAUCGUGGUGACCCGGGGGGGUUACAUCAAACGGAUGGAAUUGAAAACCUUCGAGAGCCAGCGC